AUGGCAAAGGGGAAAGGAAAAGAGGUUGAGUCGCUCAAAGCCAAGGAUGGCGCUGCCGCUGAAAAGAAGCGGCCGAGCAGUGAUGCGGACGCAACACCAAGCUUUUCUGAUGCUAUGGUAGCUAGUCUUACCAAACGAAUUGAACAGAAGCUAAAGGGCGACGAAGGCGCAAAUGGAAGUCCGUCGAAAGCUGAAAAGAAGCAGAAAUCGGAAAGGAAUGAAAAGCGCAAGGAACGGAACCAAGCCACCGAGACCAAGCCCACCGAGAAACCUGUCAAAAAACGAGAGCUACUUGCAGACGUUAAGCCUACCGAUAAAGCGGGAAAGAAACGGGACCGGAGUGGGAAAAUUAUAAAAUCUGAAGUUUCCGAAAAGCCAUACUCAACGGCGGGGGGGCAGCAUGAUGUCGGGAAGAACCUGGAAGAGGAGGUAUAUGCAAUUGGUGGGACGAAGGAGGAUCUUGACCUGGUAGCUGGUGUUGAAUCGGACUCAGAGAUGGAGGACAAGGAGGUUUCCAGCGGCGAUUUGGAGAAGCUUCGAAGGGACCUUGGUAGACUUAUCAAUGGCGGGAAUGAGCUCCCUGAAGUUCCAGACCUCCCUAUGCAGGAGACGAAGCCCGCUAAAACGAAGCAGGAACGGAAGCAGGAGGGGAAGCAGUCCGAGGAAAACAGAACUGAAAAACCGGCACAAGAGAAGAAAUCUAAGGGGAAUAAUGCUUUAGAGAAGAAGACGGAGAGUAAAAAGACCCAGAGAAAUGAUUCUCUGCCCUCAACUUUAACACAAGACUCUAAAAUUCUCAAGAAAGGUCCAUCCUCUUCGAAUCUUGUUAUCCCUGAGCGUUCCGAUUGGUAUGCUACUCUGCUUCCAGAAAUAUCCUAUGAUUCCGGUCACCACGUAAAUGUAUCUCGUUCAGUGCUGGAGCGCAUGCGUGAAUAUGCUAUGACAUUGUUGGAAGCCGAAAAUAAAGCAUACACGUCGAAUAGGGACUCUAAAUCCUCAAGCUACAAGUUUUACUCGACAAUUGUCUCUUCAGGUACUCUAAGUGACAAAAUAUCGGCUUUGACCCUUUCGGUACAAGAAUCGCCUCUUCACAAUACACAGGCAUUGGAAAAUUUGGUUGGUUUGGCCAAAAAGCGGAGCAGAGCCCAAGCGGUAGAAGUGUUGCGAUCGCUGAAAGAUCUGUUUGCACAAGGCACUCUACUUCCCAGUGAUCGAAGACUGAAACAUUUCGUUAAUCAACCUGCCUUGACUGCUGCACUAUCGGAGGCAGGAGGCCAUUGGGACAUCGGCGAUAAGCUUCCGAAUCAAAUCGAGAAAAGCCAUUUGAUUAUGUGGGCAUUUGAAGAUUUCCUCAAAGACCAAUACUUCGAGGUAUUGAAGGUUCUUGAAGUUUGGUGCAAUGAUGAAAUCGAGUUUUCACGGUCCAGAGCUCUGAGUUACGUUUACGAACUUCUAAAGGAGAAACCGGAACAGGAAUCAAACUUGCUACGCCUUCUUGUGAACAAGUUAGGCGACCCAAGCAAGAAGAUUGCCUCACGAGCGUCGUAUCUUCUCCUUCAACUCGAACAAGCUCAUCCACUCAUGAAGGGAACUAUUGUCUCUUCGAUAGAGUCGGAGUCAUUGUUUCGCCCUGGCCAGAGCCAACAUGCAAAGUAUUACGGAGUUAUCACUCUAAACCAAACUAUCUUGAGCAAGAGUGAUGAUAAAGUUGCAUCUCAACUUCUUGAUAUCUAUUUCCCCCUUUUUGUUGCUCUCCUAAAGCCCAAGAAGGACGUUCAUGCCCAAAAGAUACUUAAAAAGAAGGGAAAGCACUCUAAGAAGGGUAAAAAGGGUAAAGAAGACUAUGAAGAUGCCAAAGGGGAGGCUCAAGAGGAUGAGCUUCGGGAGAAACUUAUUUCAGCAGUUUUGGUUGGCGUUAACCGCGCUUAUCCCUUUACUACGUCAAGCUAUGAAUUCAUUCAGGCUCUUAUGCUUAUUCAACAGCUCUCUUCAUCUCAUGCAGUGUCAGCGGAUCGCUUUUAUAAAACGCUCUAUGAAUCAUUACUGGAUCCUCGGGUGGCUACAUCAUCCAAACAGUCGAUGUACCUCAACCUGCUAUACAAGGCCCUGAACACGGACAUUAACAUUAAACGAAUUAAAGCGUUUAUCAAGCGUCUAGUACAGAUAUUAGGCGUGCACAACCCAUCUUUUAGUUGUGGAGUCUUGUAUCUGAUCCAAAAAUUGGAAGCAACUUUCCCAUCUCUGACAGCUAUGGUGGAUCAACCAGAAGAUGCCGAGGAUGAUGACGAGGAAGAAGUCUUCAGGGACGUUCCAGAUGAAGAAGAUGAGAUGGUAGACAAGGAAGAACCUGAAAAGCAGCCAUCGGUAACUCGUUAUGAUCCUCGAAAGAGAGACCCAGAGCAAAGCAACGCUGAUCGAAGCUGUCUGUGGGAGUUGCUUCCAUAUCUAUCACAUUACCACCCCUCGGUAGCUGUCAGUGCUAAACAGCUGCUCCUACAUGAGAAAAUGUCUGGAAAGCCAGAUCUCACGAUUCAUACUCUCACCCAUUUUCUGGAUCGUUUCGUUUAUAAAUCUCCCAAAGUUGCGCCUAGCCUUCGCGGAUCUUCCAUUAUGCAACCUCUUGCUGGCGGGGAUUCUAGUGGUCUCCUGGUAACAUCUGGGCGCAAUACGACUCAGCAACCAGUCAACAGCGAGUCGUUCUGGAGAAAACGAAGCGACGAGGUUUCUGCUGAAGACGUUUUCUUCCAUGAUUACUUUAACCGACUUGGUAAAGACAAAAUGCGCCAGAAAUCCAAGAAAAAAGCUGCCAAGGAUGACGAAGAAGGGGAGAGUGACGAAGAGUCCGAAGUUUGGAAAGCUUUGGUACAGUCACAGCCUGAGCUCGAUGGUGAAGGCGUUAGUGACGACGACAUGGACAUGGAGGGUUUUGAUUCCGCUAUGGAAGAUAGUGAUCGUGCUGAUCUAGACGGCAUGGAUGAAGACAUGGAUGAGGAGGAUCGUGAGAUUGACGAUGAUGUUAUCAUCAAUGACGAAAGCUCGGAGGAGGAGGAUGAUGAGGAAGCAGUUUCGGAGGCUGGAAUGGAUAAUUCUGUCGAUAUUGACGAGGAGGUGUUCAAUUUUGAUCAAUCAGACGAGGAAGCAUUCCUCGACAGUGACCAGGAGCUACCGUCAGAUUUGGAUGAUGAAGUCACUGAGGCGAAAGACACAAAGAAGUCUGAUCAGCCGAAGAGAGAAAAGAGACGAAAACUCAAGCACCUGCCUACGUUUGCGUCUGUUGAAGACUAUGCAGCUUUGUUGGGCAAGGAUGACGACGAAGACUUUUGA